UCCUCCAUCUCUUCUUCUCUGUUGUUGUGUUCUGGUGUCAGUGCUACUGCAGAGACUAUCUAGUUCACCCGUUGAACUCAGUUUCAAGUCUGCAUCAACCUCAACAGCAGCGGAGGAGCGGAGGUUUCACUGUCUGACCCACCAACCCGCCAGAAAUUUUCUGUCCUGCAGCUGUCGGCGCGCCAACGUUCGACUCUUCGUUUGUUUGCGAUUGUGAUUCUACUGCGCGACGUGUGCCUGUCCUUUCUCGACCUUUGCCCGUGACAUAUCGACAACGUGCAGACGACAUGGCGACUCCGGCCCACGGCGAAGAGAUCAAGAAGAAUGAUCUUCCUCCCUACGAUCUCGAGGAUUUGAAGGCGGUCGAUGAGGGGAAGGAGCCCGAUGCAUUCGGUGACGAGGCCAAUGCGGAGGUCAAGUACAAGACGCUCAAGUGGUGGCAAUGUGGAAUGUUCAUGAUCGCCGAGUCCGUCUCGCUGGGUGUUUUGUCCCUGCCCGCGACGCUGACUGCGCUGGGCCUGGUGCCACACAGCGCGAUCAUCCUCAUCAUCGGACUCGGUAUCCUUGCGCUCUACACCGGCUAUGUCAUCGGCCAAUUCCGCGAACGCCACCCCUCGAUCCACAACUUGGCUGAUGCGGGUGAGAUCCUCAUGGGUCGGUUCGGUCGCGAGCUCUUCGGUCUCGGUCAGAUCCUGUUCUCGAUCUUCAUCAUGGGCAGUCACAUUGUCACUUUCACUGUGAUGAUGAACACGAUUACGGAUCACGGUACCUGCUCGAUGGUGUUCAGUGUUGUGGCUUUCGUGAUCUGUCUGGUUUUGUCGCUGCCCCGGACUAUCAAGAACUUGACCUACAUUUCUUGCGCUUCUUUCCUGAGUAUCUUCACUGCGGUCAUGAUCACCAUGAUUGGUGUGGGUGUGCAGUACAAGGGAGGCCAAAACAUCAGUGUCACCACCGAUACGAACUUGUACCACGCGUUCAACGGCGUCACCCAGAUCGUGUUCGCCUACUGCGCCCACGUGGCCUUCUUCGGUCUGAUUGCCGAAAUGGAGGAGCCCAAGGACUUCCCCAAGGCUUUGUGUCUGCUCCAGGGUUUUGAGAUCGCUCUCUACAUCACCGCGGCUAUUGUCAUCUACUACUUCGUCGGUAACGGGGUUGACUCGCCGGCUCUUGGCUCCGCUGGUCCGGUGUUGAAGAAGGUUGCUUAUGGCGUUGCCAUCCCGACGAUUGUCGGAGCUGGUGUUGUGAACGGUCACGUUGGCUUGAAAUAUAUCUACGUGCGCAUCUUCCGUCACUCCGACCGCAUGGGCAAGCGGGACUUUGUCGCUGUUGGUUCCUGGAUUGGCAUUGGCGUCACCUGCUGGGUCAUCGCCUGGAUCAUCGCCGAGGGUAUCCCUUCCUUCAGCAACAUUGUCAGUUUGAUCAGCUCCUUGUUUGCCAGUUGGUUCACCUACGGACUGUCGGGUGUGUACUGGUUGCACAUGAACUGGGGCCAGUGGUGGUCUUCUCCGCGCAAGAUUGCGUUGACCAUCAUCAACAUGCUGAUCUUCUGCAUUGGUGCCAUCAUUUGCGGUCUGGGAUUGUAUGUCUCCGGCAAGGCCAUCCACGACGAUUCGUCCAAGUCGAGCUUCUCCUGUGCCAGCAAUGCGAUCUAGGGGAGUGAAGCAAUGGGCUGUUGGGUAAUGAUGGAUUGUAUAUAUCGGUUGUUUAUAUUUUGACUCGCUU